AGCGGAAGAGAAAAACUUGUAAGCAAAGCUCAGGACCAAAAACUCCAGGGAAUGCUGCUCGCCGACAUUUCUGGACAGGUUACCCACUGGGAGAUCCACCACUAUCUCAGUCCCAUUGCUACCUAAGAUAGAGCUGGCCCCUGUUCCUGGAAAGGCGUUUGUGGGAGUAAAGAUGGAGGCCGGAGGGGAGCGCUUUCCUAAACAAAGGCAAGUCCUGAUACUCUUUCUCUUGCUGGGAGUGGCUCUGGCAGGCUGGGAAUCCCGUCGUUAUUUCGUGAUGGAGGAAACUGAGAGCGGCUCCUUUGUGGCCAAUCUAGCUAAGGACCUGGGGCUGGGAGUGGGGGAGCUAGCUGCGCGAGAAGCCCGGGUGGUGUCCGAGGACAACGAACCCUGGUUGCAGCUUGAUCUACAGACUGGGGAGUUGCUAUUAAGUGAGAAACUGGACCGGGAGGAGAUGUGCGGACCCACAGAUCCAUGUGUAAUGCAUUUCCAAGUGUUACUGAAGAAACCACUGGGAGUAUUUCGAGCUGAGCUCCUGGUGAGAGACAUAAACGAUCAUUCUCCUGAGUUUCCUGAAAGAGAAAUGACACUGAAAAUCCUAGAGACUAGCCCUCCUGGGACCGUGUUUCCUCUGAAAACAGCCCAGGAUUUGGACGUGGGCAACAACAACAUCCAAAACUACAAUAUCAGUCACAACUCUUACUUCCAUGUUUCCACCCGCAACUGGGGAGACGGCAGGAAAUACCCAGAGCUGGUGCUGGACAAAGAGCUGGAUCGCGAAGAGCAGGCCGAGCUCAGAUUAACCCUCACAGCGCUGGAUGGCGGCUCUCCGCCCAGGUCUGGCACCGCCCAGGUCCGAAUCUUGGUCUUGGACGUUAAUGACAACGCCCCUGAGUUUGCACAGACACACUACCAGGUGCAGGUCCCAGAGAACAGCCCUGUAGGCACCCUAGUUGUGAAGGUCUUAGCUAGGGAUUUGGACACUGGAACAAAUGGAGAGAUAUCAUAUUCCCUUUUUUAUAGUUCUCAAGAGAUAAGCACAACUUUUGAGGUAAACAGCAUUUCAGGAGAAGUUCGACUAAUUAAAAAACUAGAUUUUGAGACAGUAUCCUCAUAUGAGUUGUAUAUAGAUGCGUCUGAUGGUGGGGGACUUUCUGGAAAAUGCUCUGUCUCCAUUGAGGUGAUGGAUGUUAACGAUAACUCCCCAGAACUAACUAUUUCGUCACUUACCAGCCCCAUUCCUGAAAAUUCCCCCGAGACAGAAGUGGCCCUGUUUAGAAUUCGAGACCGAGACUCAGGACACAACGGAAGGAUGACUUGCUCCAUCCAGGAUGAUCUCCCCUUCCUCCUGAAACCAUCAGCGGAGAAUUUCUACACCCUAGUAACAAAUGGGGCGCUGGACAGAGAGAGUAAAGCCCAAUAUAAUAUCACCAUUACCGUCACAGAUAUGGGGACACCGAGACUGAAAACCCAACACAACAUAACCGUGCUGGUGUCCGACGUCAACGACAACGCCCCCGCCUUCACCCAGACCUCCUACACCCUGUCCGUCCGCGAGAACAACAGCCCCGCCCUGCACAUCGGCAGCGUCCGCGCCACAGACAGAGACGCGGGCGCCAACGCCCAGGUCACCUACUCGCUGCUGCCGCCCCUCGACGCGCACGUGCCCCUGGCCUCCCUGGUGUCCAUCAACCCGGACAACGGCCACCUGUUCGCCCUGAGGUCCCUGGACUACGAGGCCCUGCGGGCGUUCGAGUUCCGCGUGGGCGCCGCCGACCGCGGCUCGCCCGCGCUCAGCAGCCAGGCGCUGGUGCGCGUGCUCGUGACGGACGACAACGACAACGCGCCCUUCGUGCUGUACCCGCUGCAGAACGCCUCGGCGCCCUGCACCGAGCUGGUGCCCAGGGCGGCCGAGGCGGGUUACCUGGUGACCAAGGUGGUGGCGGUGGACGGCGACUCGGGCCAGAACGCCUGGCUGUCGUACCAGCUGCUCAAGGCCACGGAGCCCGGGCUGUUCGGCGUGUGGGCGCACAACGGCGAGGUGCGCACGGCCCGGCUGCUGAGUGAGCGCGACGCGGCCAAGCACAGGCUGGUGGUGCUGGUCAAGGACAACGGCGAGCCGCCGCUGUCGGCCAGCGUCACGCUGCACGUGCUGCUGGUGGACGGCUUCUCGCAGCCCUACCUGCCGGCCCCGGAAGCGGAAGCGGCGGACGCGGCUCCGGCCGCCGCGCUCACCGUCUACCUGGUGGUCGCCUUGGCGUCGGUGUCGUCGCUCUUCCUCUUCUCGGUGCUGGUGUUCGUCGCGGUGCGGCUGUGCAGGAGGGGAGGGGCGGCCUCGGUGGGUCACUGCUCGGUGCCCGAGGGCCCCUUUCUGGGCCACCUGGUGGACGUCAGCGGCACGGGGACCCUGUCCCAGAGCUACCAGUACGAGUUUCCAUCUUGCCAGUUCAAAUGGCCAUCAUAUCAGUAGUUUGGGUAGUCACAGCUGAAAUCUGAGUGGUGAGAUCUGAAUCAAGUCCAUCUCCAUUCUAAAUAUGAGCUAGCAGCAGCAACAGUAGAAUACAAAGAUCCAAGGAGAUCUGACAAACUGGAGUCCUGCAGACUGGGAACGGAAGAGUACCUGUAUGGCUGUGAUUCAUCAGGAAAACUGUUUAUAUGUUUUUCUUCCAGGUGGCAUGCAGCAGUGUGAAAAAUGUUAUCUAUUGGGGGAUAACAUUUGCCACUUCAUUGUUGAGAAUUUUUGCAUCAUUCAUGAGGGAUAUUUGUCUCUCUAUAUUUUUUCAUGUUAUCCCCUUGUCAGGUUUAGUUUCAGGAUUAUACUGGUCUCAUAAAAUGAGUUGACGAUUGUUUAUUCCACCUCUCUUUUAUGAAAGAGGUCGUGUAUGGUAUUUAUUAUUUCUUCUUUAUGUAUUUGAUAGAAUUUACCAGAAGCCAUGUGUGGCUACCAUUCUCUUUGUCGGGAAAUUUUGAAUUGCAAAUUGAACUUCUUAAAUAGACAUGCUGCAAUUCCAGUUUUCUAUUUCCUCUUGUGUCAGUUGGUAACUUGUGUUUUUUAAACAAUUUGUCCAUUUUACCCAAGAUGUUAAUACACUGGCAUGAAGUUAUUGAUAAUAUUCCUUUAUUAUCUUUUCAAUAUAUUUAGGAUCUGUAGUGGU